GGAGCUUCGGUACCUCUUGGCUCUUAUCGCCCUCUCCGCAGACCCUCGCAUCGACGCUGAGAGAUAUAUAUCUCCUCGUUCUCGCAGCCUAUCCAAGUCUAGAACAUUUGACUGAACCCGCGGCUGAGGUUAAGUCCAAGUCCACGUCGAAUCCUUCCCGACGCCCCGAUAGGCCGAAAUCCGAACACUUGCCCCCACCAUCCAUCACUGCUGUCGAGCCGCCGCCUCGCACACGCGAUACCUCCGGCACGCACGCACGCCAGCUCUUCUCCGAUACUAACUUGCGCCGCCCGUUCGUGUUGUUUGCUGGCCACGACAGGAGCCCAUCAUCUUCAAUCCGCCUUACAUAACCUUCGGUCUUGCCCUUGGAUAUGUCCUACUAUAGUUAUCCUGGAGGAUACGCUCCGCCGCAGCAGCAACAGCAACACCACGGGAACUAUUAUCAGCCUCCGUACGACUGUCCCGCCGUUAUACGCGUUUUCUUUUUUUCGACAUGUCGCGACUAACAUGCUGCUAGUCCACCCCAGGGGUACAACGGGUACCCUCAACAAGCGCAGCCUCAGCAGUACGGCGGUUACAGCCAGGCGCCUCCACAGCCUUAUUAUAAUCAGGGACCAUCCCAGCACCAUGGCGGAUACAGCAACCCUCCGAGCCAAUAUGGUCGAAUGCCGAUGGCACCAUCGGUGAACUCGAAUUCGUACAAUCACGGCAACUACGGCGCUCCUCCUCCUCCUCCCGCCGGCCCACAACAUUUUGGGCAUGGGGCUCCCCAGAACUAUGCUUUCCAGUAUAGUAACUGCACCGGUCGGAGAAAAGCGCUUCUUAUCGGUAUAAACUAUUUUGGCCAACGGGGCCAAUUAAGGGGUUGUAUCAACGAUGUGCGGAAUAUGUCGAAUUAUCUAGUUGAACAUUAUGGCUACAAGCGAGAAGACAUGGUCAUUUUGACCGACGAUCAGCAGAAUCCCAUGAGCCAGCCUACGAAACAGAAUCUUCUCCGAGCAAUGCAUUGGUUAGUCAAGGAUGCGCGACCCAAUGACUCGCUCUUUUUCCAUUAUUCAGGUCACGGCGGGCAGACAAAGGACCUGGAUGGCGACGAACCCGAUGGCUACGAUGAAGUGAUUUACCCUGUAGAUUUCCGUCAGGUCGGCCACAUAACCGACGACGAGAUGCACAGAAUCAUGGUUCGUCCUUUACAGGCCGGCGUACGCUUAACAGCUAUUUUCGAUUCAUGUCACUCUGGCACAGCCCUCGAUCUGCCUUACAUAUACUCGACGCAAGGCGUUCUCAAAGAGCCCAAUUUGGCCAAGGAAGCUGGUCAAGGUCUACUCGGUGUUAUAUCUUCCUAUAGCCAGGGUGAUCUUGGCGGCGUUGCCAACAAUAUCAUGGGCUUCUUUAAGAAGGCCACUGGUGGUGAGGAUGCUCAUAACCGAGCCCUGGCCACCAAAACAUCAGCCGCAGACGUCAUUAUGCUCUCUGGUAGCAAAGACGAUCAAACCUCGGCGGAUGCUACAAUCGCGUCUCAGGCCACUGGCGCCAUGUCGUGGGCUUUUAUCACAGCACUCAAGAAGAAACCUCAGCAGAGCUACGUACAGCUUCUUAAUAGUAUCCGCGACGAAUUGGCUACUCGAUAUACACAGAAGCCCCAACUGUCCUGCAGUCACCCACUUAACACCAAUUUGUUGUUUGUCAUGUGAAGGAUAGUGGAGGAAUCAUGAAUCAUCUCGAGUUCAGUGAUGUGAUCAUUAUCAGGGUGGUUUGUAGUGAUUUUAUCCGACCGACAAACGGUUGAAGGGUGGCGUUAGUGUCCCACAGUCUAGGGUCGUUGGGGUUGGCUCACUCACACGUACCAGCAUAAUGUCCUACGUGAGGUGCUAUUAUUACUAUUAUUCGUGGCCAACUUUGAUGAGAUGACGAUGAUGAUGAUAAAUGGAUGGAUAGGCAUUCUUUUCUGGAAUCACUGCAAUCGGAGUGUCGGGGUCGGCUCGCUGUAUUGAUUGAUGUAUUGAGAAGCGAAUAUAUUAUAUCCCUAUCUACCUAGGGUACGUUCUUUGGCGCGCUACUUGCCGAUAGGUAGAUAUCUUGAGCCCUUAAUAGCAUUAAUUUCAAAUGAGCUUCGCUGGUUUAU